AGUACCUUGUGCUCCUUCCGAGGAUACCAUCAUGUUCUUCACGCUCCUGCUACAGGUGAUUUGGAUCCUGGCUGCUCUCGGGGAUGAACACUGGACAUAUGAGGGCCCACAUGGUCAAGACCACUGGCCAGCCUCCUUCCCUGAGUGUGGAGGCAAUGCCCAGUCCCCCGUCAAUAUCCAGACAAGCAGUGUGACUUUUGACUCCAAGUUGCCCGCUCUGCGGCCUCACGGAUAUGACCAGCCUGGCACCAAGCCUCUGGAGCUGCACAAUAAUGGCCACACAGUGCAGCUCUCUCUGCCCCCUACCCUGUACCUGGAGGGCCUUCCCGGGAAAUAUGUCGCUGUCCAGCUCCACCUGCACUGGGGUCAGAAAGGAUCCCUGAUGGGGUCAGAGCACCAGAUCAACAGCAAAGCCACAGCUGCAGAGCUCCACGUUGUGCAUUACGAUUCGGAUUCCUAUAACAGCUUCAGUGAGGCUGCUAAGAGCCCCGAGGGCCUGGCUGUCUUGGGCAUCCUCAUUGAGGAGGGCGAGACUGAGAAUCCAGCCUAUGAGCACAUUCUGAGUCACUUGCAUGAAAUCAGGUAUAAAGGUCAGAUGACCGCAGUGCCUCCCUUCAGCGUGAAAGAGCUGCUCCCCCCAGUGCUGGCACAGUACUUCCGCUACAAUGGCUCGCUCACCACACCCCCCUGCCACCAGAGUGUGCUCUGGACAGUCUUCAGUCAAAAGGUCCAGAUUUCAAAGGGACAGCUGGAAAAGCUUCAGGAGACACUAUUCUCUACAGAGAAGGAGCCCUCUCAGCUCCUGGUGCAGAACUACCGAGUCCUCCAACCUCUCAACCAGCGAACAGUCCUUGCUUCUUUCAACCAAGACGAAUCCUCGUAUACCACAGGUGAAAUGCUGAGCCUAGGAGUGGGAAUCUUGAUUGGCAGCGCCUGCCUUCUGCUGGUUGUUUAUUUCAUCGCUAAGAGAAUUCAGAAGAAGAAGUUGAGAAACGAGAAGAGUGUGGGAUUCACCUCAGCACAAGCCACCAUGGAAUAGACUCCAUCUCGAACAUCAUGGACGCCCAAAUCAGACCUGUCAGGGAGCUUCUAGAAUGGGGGAUAGGGACUGGCCAGAAAUACAAACCCCUCCUUCCUCCAGACAGUCAUGGACUGGCUCUCAGUCAAGAAAGAACUUCAGUCUCUCAAAACAUAUAAGAGAUGUGGCGGCCCCUACAUUGAUAAUGCAGAGGGCAAACUGUGUUUGGUUGUAGGGGAAGUUGGAAAUGUGUCCCAAAGUCCCCCCAGCCCCUCUCCUUUAUGGCUCUUUCCCUAGAUCUGGGCAGGAUAUCCCCUCAGGGAAAAGGGUUGCUGUU